AUGGAGGCCGACAGCCAAGUCACCAGUCACUCCCUCCUGGGUCUCCCCAGAGAGAUACGAGACCACAUCUACGGCUUCGUCAUCUGUGACUUCCCACUACCUCGCAAAGUGGUCUGUUGGCCCUACCCGGAUUAUCUCCAUGCCGCAGUACACAGUCCUCCCGUCUAUGACACCACCAAGAACAUCACCGAGACAUCCAUCCUGCGAACAUGCCGCCAGAUACGCUCCGAGGCCUACGUUGUAAUGCUCAAGAAACAUCAGCUCAUUCGGAUCAAUGUCAAUAAUGUUCUGCUCAGCCCGCACCUUAUCGGUGCUCUGCUUCACAUCGUUCCCUUGAGUGAGAAGGCAAUGGAGACCUACCCUGGUUUCAUCAUGACACACAAUAUCGAGGGGGAGCAAGACCCGGAGGCCGAGAGCACCUCGCAGCCUUGGAGCUUCGCUCUGCCCUGGCGCGACUUGGGCAUGUUCUGCAGGGCUGUCUCUGGCGGCCACGUUUUCAGCCUGGACGCAAAGGCUGAGACUCGGCACCAGAUCAUUGUGCAUGAUCCUUUCGCCACCACCUGUAACCCGGAGUACAUGGGCGUCGAGAACCAGACCAAGUUCUUGCAGCCGUAUCAGGACUAUCUCAGCGGCUCCGCACAUUUCAGCAUCAUUGGCAAUGUGGACACCAACUUGGCAGCUUCGGUAGUGGCCGAGAUCCGGAAGAUGCCUCCGAUCGAUGUCACCAAGAUGCUGAAUAAAUAUACCCGCCAAGAUGCCACCGGCCAGCGACAGCUACUGGGCAGAGGGUUGGCCAAGUUCUCACGGUCGUGCCUGAAGGCCCUCGUCGAGGUCAACCGGCUCGUAGACACAGACGCGUGGAUCGAGUCCGGACCGGGCGGCCGACCAAAUGAGCACGUCAAGGCGGUACGGGACAUCUUCAACAUCCUGAGCCGCGAGCAUGGCGCGGCGCAGUGGGAGGGGACGCAGGAGGACCGCACGUGGCACCUCAGCCGUGCAAUCCAAGCGGCCGCUUCCCUUCUCGCCGAGCGGGCUCCCUCUCCAGCGCAGAAGUCCGGUGUCUACUACCUCAACGCAAAGGCCCAUCGAUACUUGUCGGGCUCUCCUGCCGCGGCUGAGUCGAUGCUCCGGUUGGCCUUGGACAUGGUCGCUGGGGAGGCAUUCGACGACUGGAAGGAGCAGUGUCUCGAGGAGGGGCAGGAGAUUGCACGGUGGAGAGAGAUUCGCAAUGGUACGCAUUUCACCACGAAGCACUAG